AUGGCAGCCACUACGUCGUCGUCCCUUGCCCUUGCUCGUGUUGAAGCUCUUCAUGCUUCAAACUUCGAAGCCAAGUCGCUUGCAUCGUCUCGGGCAUCGCUUCCCAGUGCGCAGCAGUUUCUGAUUCGUCAGUCUGCAACUGCUGUGUCGCGUCAACACUCUGUCGUGCGAUGUGCUCAGAAAGCCAUUCACGAUCCCCCUGUGGUGGCUGACACCAAGGCUGCUUUCCUCAAGGCGUACCCCAAGCCUAUUCCCAGCAUCUACAAUAAUGUGAUUCAGGAGAUUCUCGUGCAGCAGCACCUCACGCGCUACAACCGCACGUACAAGUACGACCCGGUCUUGGCGCUCGGCUUCGUCACGGUCUUCGACCAGCUCAUGGAUGGCUACCCCUCGCCAGCGGAGCGCGACGCCAUUUUCAAGGCCUACAUCGAGGCCUUGGAGGAAAGCCCUAAGACAUACCGCGAGGACGCGGCGCGCCUGGAGCAGUGGGCAGCGGGGCUGACGGCGGACGAGCUGAUCGACAUCAACAACAGGGACGGCGACGUGGAGCGCAGCCUCAAGGAAAUUGCGGAGCGUGCCAAGGCUGGCACCUUCCACUACAGCCGGUUCUUCGCCGUGGGCCUGUUUCGCCUUCUCGAGAUCACCAAGUCGUCUGAACCCGCCACCCUCCAAAAGCUGUGUGAAGCACUGGGCAUCAACCAGAUGAGUGUGAACCGGGACCUGGAUGUGUACCGAGGGCUGCUCAGCAAGCUCACCCAGGCCAAGGAGCUCCUGCAGGACUUCCUACAGAGAGAGAAGGCAAGGAAGGAGGAGCGGGAGCGGGAAAAGGCUCAAAAGGCCCAAGCCGCAAAGGAAUAG